AUGACUGAAAUCGCUGCUCCGAGGGCCAGAAACCGACGCAUGGCAUCUCACUCAGGGCCGAAUGCCGCCCCCGCCGCCGGGGCGCCCGUCGUCGAGACUGACGGCGCCGUCAAGAAGGUCGGCCCCAUCAUCCCCGGCGCCACGGUGCCCUUCGCCGUGCCGCUGGCCGACGACAAGGCCAUGAAGAAGAUCAUGAAGACGAUCCGCAAGUCCGCCAAGAACAACACCCUCAAGCGCGGCGUCAAGGAGGUCGUCAAGACGCUCCGCAAGUCCCCGGCCGCCGCUCCCGGCCGCACCUCUUUCCCCGGUGUUCUCAUCAUCGCCGCCGACAUCUCGCCCAUGGACGUCAUCGCCCACCUUCCCGUGCUCUGCGAGGACCACAACGUGCCCUACAUCUUCGUGCCCUCCCGCGCCGAGCUCGGCGCCGCCGCCAAGACGAAGCGUCCGACUUCCGUUGUCAUGGUCAUGGAGACGGCGUCCGCUGCUGGCGCCAAGAAGGCGGAGAAGAAGGAGAAGGACGACGAGGACGAUGGCGAGGACUUUAAGGAGUCGUACGAUGCGCUCGUCAAGCUCGUGCAGAAGGAGACGGCGAGGCAGGCUUUCUGGGCAUGA